UGCAUUUGUGUUUUGUCUGUCAUAUGUUUGCAGUGACUGGACAGUCUAGGCGGUAUGCAUUUCUUGAGUACGAACAUACAUAUGAAGCAAUAGACCUAUUGGAAAAGCGGUGUGGUAUUUUGAUUAAUGGAUCUGAAGCUAUAAUAGAAAUGGAAUAUGAAAGAAUAUUACCUGGGUGGAAACCUCGUCGUUAUGGUGGAGGUUUUGGUGGACAAAAAGAGUCAGGACAGCUUCGUUUUGGUGGUGUUGCUCGACCAUUUAAGAAACCAUUUUAAUUUAAUCUAACUGAUUAUAAAGUAUCAAUUAAGUAUGGUGUAGCUUUUGUAUUCUAUUGAUGUUACUGCAUAGCAUGAAAAAGUAUUUUUGCUGAGUACUUACUGUUGCAUUUUGCAGAGAUAUUAAAAAUGCAUAAGUUUGAAA